AUGAGAUUCCGUAACCUCUUCUUUGCUGCCGUAGCUGGCUCUGCGGUUGCUGCUCCUCUGGCUAAGGAGCAGAAGAGGAGGGAUCCCGUUUUCCAAUGGCUUGGCGCUAACGAGUCGGGUGCUGAAUUCGGCGAAAACAGUCUGCCCGGCGUAUGGGGCAAGGAUUACAUUUUCCCUGACAUCGAGGCCAUUACCACCCUGAUUGGUAAGGGGAUGAACAUAUUCCGUAUACAAUUCAAGAUGGAGAGAUUGGUUCCAAACUCGAUAACGGGUCCGUAUGAUGAGGCCUAUUUGAAGAAUUUGACGUCGGUGGUGAACGCCGUCACCAAGGCCGGUGCCCACGCUAUCUUGGAUCCCCACAACUAUGGUAGAUUUAAUGGCCAGGUCAUGUCCAGUGCAUCCGACUUCCAGACAUUCUGGAAAAACCUUGCAGGACAGUUCAAGAGCAACUCUUUGGUUAUCUUCGAUACCAACAAUGAAUACCAUGACAUGGACCAGAGCCUGGUCUUCAAUCUCAACCAAGCAGCUAUUGACGGGAUCCGAGAGGCGGGCGCCACGGAGCAAUACAUUUUCGUUGAGGGCAACUCAUGGACCGGUGCCUGGACCUGGACCGAUGUGAACGAUAAUAUGAAGAACCUGAAGGAUUCCCAGGACAAGAUCAUCUACCAGAUGCACCAGUAUCUGGACUCAGAUGGAUCUGGUACCUCCGAGACCUGUGUUUCUGGCACGAUUGGCAAGGAGCGUGUCACCAGCGCUACCCAGUGGCUCAAGGACAACAAGAAGAUUGGCAUCAUCGGCGAGUUUGCGGGUGGACACAACGAUCAGUGUAAAACCGCCCUGAAGGGAUUGCUGGAUCAUCUGGCUGAGAAUACCGACGUGUGGAAGGGUGCUCUUUGGUGGGCAGCUGGCCCAUGGUGGGGAGAUUAUAUGUACAGCAUUGAGCCUCCAAAUGGCGUUGCGUACACGGGGAUGUUGGACGUUCUACAGCCAUACCUUGGGUAG